UCAUCGUACAAUGACUGCAUGUCUUGUCGCAUCAUAGGAAGCGGCGCGUUCGCUGCAACUGGCAUCUAUGCCCUGAGAAUGGCUCGUCCUAGUGCACCGGGGAGUAUAGUUGGCAAAAGAGUUAUGGGCGGGCUGGGAGUCUGUUUUCUAGUGGGGAGCGCUCUGAGGUGG